CGUCCAGUUGGCCAUGAGCCUGGGAGACGCCUGUGGCAAAAAGUAACUGUCAAAUGCACGGCUCCUUUAACAAGAGCGAUCAGUCCGGCUCAGAGAGUCAUGGCGACCACAGCGUCUAAUCAUUACAAUAUUCUCACCUCCAGCUCCUCGAUCGUGCACUCGGAGCCCGGGAGCAUGCAGCAAGGGACGGCUUACAGAGAUGCACAAACACUAUUGCAAAGCGAUUAUACAUUGCAGAGCAAUGGGCAUCCUCUCAGCCACGCUCACCAGUGGAUAACAGCUCUGUCACACGGCGACGGGGCUACCUGGUCCACCAGCCCCCUGAGCCAGCAGGACAUCAAACCCACAGUGCAAACCGUCAGGGACGAUCUGCACAAUUCAGGCGGCUUGCAGCAUCAGGCAAGACCGCCUCAUCUGGUGCACCAGCCGCAUGGGAACCAUCAUGAUGCAAGGACAUGGAGGACUACCACAGCAGCUCACAUCCCUAGCAUGGCAACAUCUAACGGACAGAGCUUAAUCUACUCACAACCCGGGUUCAGUGUUAACGACAUGAUUCAGGGGACAGGUCAAGGGAUGCACCACCACGGUCUAAGAGAUUCCCACGAAGAGCAUCACAGCCCGCAUCUCAGUGACCAUGGGCACCAGCAGCCACAGCAUCAGCACCAACAGCAUCAGAGCCACCACGACCAUUCGGAUGAGGAUACCCCAACCUCGGACGACUUAGAACAGUUCGCCAAGCAGUUCAAGCAGAGGAGAAUCAAGCUGGGGUUUACCCAGGCGGACGUUGGACUAGCCUUAGGUACGCUUUAUGGUAAUGUAUUUUCACAGACCACGAUCUGCAGGUUCGAGGCCCUGCAGCUCAGCUUCAAGAACAUGUGUAAACUCAAGCCUCUGUUGAACAAGUGGUUGGAGGAAGCCGAUUCCACUUCUGGGAGCCCCACCAGCCUAGAUAAGAUAGCAGCGCAGGGGAGAAAGAGGAAAAAGCGGACCUCUAUCGAGGUAAGCGUGAAGGGGGCUUUGGAGAGCCAUUUCUUAAAGUGCCCAAAGCCUGCAGCCCCGGAAAUCACUUCACUAGCAGACAGUCUUCAGCUGGAGAAGGAGGUGGUCAGGGUUUGGUUUUGUAACAGAAGACAGAAGGAGAAAAGGAUGACUCCUCCCGGGGGAACUCUCCCCGGCACCGAGGAUGUUUACGGGGACACCCCGCCACAUCACGGGGUUCAGACUCCUGUACAAUGAACAAACACGAACCCUUCUUAAACUUUUUUUUUUUUUUUUUUUUAAUUGUGUCUCUUUAUUGCUCUUAUAAUAACAAACAGCUAAGCACUGGACUAUCCUAAGCGGUAGCAGGUGUUGUAUGUUUUUGACCUGUACAAGGGGAGCACCCAU